AUGCUUCCCCACCAUUUCCUUGCCUUGGUGGCCCAAUACGCCACCCCACCAUCCCCAAGCCUGGUGGCCCAACCCACCUUCCCACUGUGCCUGUACUCAAACAGCCCCACCUGCCUCCCUACCUCCCCAAUGGGUCAACAGCCCAACCCCCUCUCCAUUGUCCCAGUAUCCCACUGGCCCAAAAUGCCUCCCCAACAUCCCAUGCACCUGCAUCCCAACCUGCUUUCCCACUGCCCGUGCGCCCCAGGGACUGAACCCACCUCCCCACCGUACCCAUACCCCAGCAGCCCAACCUACCUCCAAACAAUCCCAGCGGCCCCGCCCUGGCGGCACAACAUACCUCCCCACCAUCCCCAAGGUCUGGUGGCCCAACCAGUAUCCCCAACGAACACAUGCCCUGACAGCCUGACCCGCCUCCCCACCGUCCCAGCAACCCAGUGGCCCAACCUGCCUCCCUGCCGCUCCCACAACCAGGCAACCCAACCUUCCUCCCCACCGGCAUCGCACCCCAGUGACCCAACCAGCCUCCCCACCGUCCCCACACCUCAGUGGCCCAAUCUUACUCCCCAGCGUCCCACACCAGCUGUUCUAACUCUGCUUCCCACCAUCCCUGGCGGCCCAACCAGUCUCCUCGCUGUCCCUGUGACCCAGCUGCUCAACCAGCCUCACCACUCUGUCGAACCUAAUCUUCCAGUUGGUCGCUCUGUUCGCCCUGGGCACUGGCCUUCCUCUCCAAGACUCGCUGUGACAAUCUCGUUCCUUCAGCAGUAA